ACCUUUAGGCAUAAAAGCAAAGAUCAGGUUUAGAGAAGCAGGAAGGAGUGAGGAAGCGUGGGCUCACAUGGUCGCUGCAGCUGCAGCUGUGAUGGCACUGACACUGGCUUCCAUCUUAAUUGCUGCCAUUCCUGUGGCCUACUGCUAUCCCACUGCCUUCGAGGACCUGAGGGCGACGAGCACAAACCGAACCUCCAUCAAGUUCCUGGCUGUAGGAGACUGGGGUGGGGUACCGUAUCCCCCUUACAUCACCGCGGUGCAGAAGGCUACGGCUCGGGAAAUGAGUAAAGUAGCAGAGCAGAUGGGAGCUGACUUUGUUCUGGCCCUUGGCGAUAACUUCUACUACAAAGGUGUGGACAGCGUAGAUUCUCCUCGCUUUCAGGAAACUUUUGAGUCUGUGUACACUGCAAAGUCUCUCCAAGUCCCCUGGUACGUGCUUGCUGGCAAUCAUGACCACGCAGGAAAUGUCAAAGCUCAGAUCGACUACAGCCGCAAAUCUAACAGAUGGAAGUUUCCCUCUUACUACUACGAGCUGAACUUCCACAUCCCCAACACUGGGAAGACGCUGACCAUCAUCAUGCUCGACACCAUAAUGCUGUGCGGCAACUCUGACGACUUCCUGGAUGAGAAGCCCCGAGGCCCGCUGCGUGCCGUCGAUGCCAACCGUCAGCUGACGUGGCUGCAGGAUCGACUGGCUCGGUCCAAGGCGGACUUCCUGCUGUUGGCAGGACAUUACCCGGUGUGGUCGGUAUCUGAACACGGGCCCACGCACUGUCUCCUGCAGAGGCUUCAUCCUCUGCUCAUUAAAUACAAGGCCACGGCUUACCUCUGCGGUCACGACCACAAUCUGCAGUACAUUGAAGAGUCUGAUGUGGGCUACGUGGUGAGCGGUGCUGGAAACUUCCUGGACCCUGAUGUCCGUCACUGGAACCAUAAUCCCAAAGGUUCUGUGAAGUUCUUCACGGGCCAAGCGUCGACACUGGGAGGCUUCGUCCACGCUGAAGUCACAAAGAACCAGAUGAUCGUGACUUUCUACCAGGCUAAAGGCACUUCUCUCUAUCGCACUGUCCUCUCCCAAAGGACCUUUGAGUAGAACCGGCUCAUCACAAGAACCAUCAAGCUGUUGAUUACUCAGUUGGUCUGCAGUGUAGUUUGAAAUCAAAGUAAUCUGUUUUUAAAGAAUAGCAUUAAUAUUUCAAAGCAAUUCAACAUGCAGUUUUUAAAGGGAAUCAACUAGUUUUACAUGUAAAUUUAUUGUACGAUAAAAGAAUAAAUGUGGUUUGUAAAGAA